AUGGCGAGGAAGCCGCACAUCCCGCCCUUGGUUGGGUGGUUAUACGAUCUUGUGCUAUGGACGUUCUCAGUGCUCGUUGAUCUCUUCUUCCGGGAGGUCCAUCCGCGUGGCUCAUGGAAAAUUCCUCGACGGGGUCCAAUGAUCAUUGUCGCGGCCCCUCAUGCUAAUCAGUUUGUCGAUUCCUUGAUCCUUAUGCGUGUACUGCGCACCGAGGCGCACCGUCGAAUCUCGUUCCUGAUUGCAGAGAAAUCGUUUCGCCGCAAGUUUAUCGGGCUUUUGGCGAGAGGCAUAGGAACUGUGCCCGUGUCUCGGGCAAUGGAUAUGAUGAAACCUGGCCAGGGUACCGUUUAUCUCCCGGAUCCAAUCAACCAACCUACUCUGUUGCGCGGCGUCGGAACAAAUUUCGAAGGUCCAGGCUUCGAGAAGGACGGCACGAUCGCACUUCCGACCAUCAAUGGAACUUCGCAUAACUCGAACAUCGCUGAGAUUCGCGGUCCAGAGGAACUGAUUCUCAAGAAGCCAUUUACCCACAAGGAUGCGCUGUUCCAGUUGACAGGUCGGAAUGAUAUUACCGACGAUGGAAAGUUCUCUGCAGAUGUAACCGACAAAGACCGCGCUGAUUUCAAUGGGUCCAAGUUCAAGGUGGCGCCCCAUGUGGACCAGAGUGCAGUGUAUGAUGCGGUGUUUGGAAGACUCCUUGGGGGUGGCUGUAUCGGUAUUUUCCCAGAGGGAGGUAGCCACGAUCGCUCCGAUUUACUUCCCUUGAAGCCUGGUGUGGCCCUCAUGGCUCUCGGUACGUUGGCGGAGAAUCCUGACUGUGGUUUGAAGAUCGUGCCGUGCGGAAUGAACUAUUUCCACGCUCACAAAUUUCGGUCGAGAGCGGUGAUUGAAUUCGGAACUCCUCUUGAAGUUCCCAGAGAGUUAGUUGAAAUGUAUAAGAACGGUGACAGAAGAGGUGCUGUGGGUCCUUUAUUGGAUAUUAUAUACCAGAGUCUCGUGUCAGUGACCGUAACCAGUCCAGAUUACGAGACAUUGAUGGUCAUCCAAGCUGCACGCCGUCUGUACAACAUCAAAGGGAAGAAAUUGCCCCUUCCAAUGGUUGUUGAACUCAACCGCCGUCUCGUCAAAGGCUACUCGCAUUUCAAAGAUGACCCGCGAAUUAUCAGUCUUAAAAAGUCGAUCGCGGACUAUAACAAAGAACUGCGUUUAUUGGGAAUCCGUGACCACCAGGUUGAUUAUGCGAAGUUCUCAUCCAUCAAAGUGAUUGCGACACUGAUAUAUCGCCUGGGUAAAUUAGUUCUUCUCACUAUUGGGACCUUACCUGGGCUUCUUCUCUUUACCCCUGUUUUUAUCACGACCAAGUUGAUUUCAAACAAGAAAUCGAAAGAAGCACUGGCUGCUUCAACAGUCAAGCUUCAAGGCCGUGACGUAAUGGCAACUUGGAAACUCCUCGUUGCUCUCGCAUUUGCUCCCGCUCUUUACGCCUCUUAUACCAUGACGUUCACCUAUUGGGCCUAUCGUAACCGCAUUAACGGUUAUGUGCCUGAAUCCGUACCGCUGUGGACAUUUAUACCUAUUGGCAUGGUCCUAUUCCCGACUAUUACGUUCGCCGCACUGCGUAUCGGGGAGAUUGGCAUGGAUAUUGUCAAAUCCUUGCGCCCAUUGUUGUUGUCGCUCAAUCCGUCGUCGGCCAACACGUUGGUCAAACUCCGCUUACGACGCGCUGCGCUCGCUAAACAAGUCACCGACAAUAUCAACACGCUUGGCCCUGAAUUGUUCCCAGACUUUGAUGCUGCAAGGGUUGUGACGGACCCUUUCCGCGAGCUCAACCGACAAGCUUCGACUCUAGAAAGCGAACAACCACCAAGCGUGGAGAUCAGCAGGGCGAGCACGACGAACUUCGACGAAGGCUCGGCUUCCCAAGAACCACUCCCUCGAAACGAAUCGUUCCACAACCUUGCGAACUUUGGCUUUUUCUCGACCCGGCCCCCGAGCCGGAAUCGUAGCCGCAGCAACAGUCGUAGUAGCUCGUUUGGAGGGUUACCGGGCACAUCAGGCCAGCAGCUGAAACCUCUCAGCCAGCUCUCAGCCAAAGAUGGACUUGAUGAGGUGAGUUUCAAGAUUCGUGAUGCAAUGCGCGAACGCGGAGAGCGACGUCGGCGAAGUGAGGAUAAUAGCAGUUGGGACAUGGCCAGCUCGGGGCCCGGGACGCCGCACAGCGAAGAGAACCGGAAGGAUAUAUAA